GUGAAAUCAGACACCCGCUUCCUGGUGUGCGUGAGCGCGAGCGUGUGUUUACGAGUGCUUGCGUGGGACCCAGCGCAUCUUCAUCUUCAACUUUCACGCUGUCAUUUUUAAGAAUCUCCAGUUCAGUUCAGCGCGCACACGAGAUGGUUUAAGCAUCUUCUGCGGUAACACAACCAGAGAGGAAAAAUGUCAAGCGACAAGACUUCAACAUCCGAGGAUGUCCGAUCUUCAAGAGUCAUCUGGGUGGUUUUCUUCGCUCUGCUGCUUGAUCUUCUAGGCUUUACACUAAUUCUUCCACUUCUGCCUUCCAUUCUGGACCACUACAGUCAAACUGGGGACGGCGUUUAUCAGUCACUACAGAGCGUUGUGGAUUGGUUCAGGGGCGCUGUUGGAGUUCCUAUGGAAACCAAAUACAACAGCGUUCUUUUCGGCGGUCUGAUUGGCUCGCUUUACUCAUUUCUUCAAUUUCUGUCCUCGCCCGUCACUGGAGCUCUUUCAGAUGUGUAUGGAAGAAAACCUCUGCUGCUUUUAACAACUGUGGGACUCAUUGCCUCUUACAUUUUAUGGGCUUUAUCUCACAGUUUUAGUCUCUUCCUCUUAUCUCGGCUAGUGGGGGGGAUUUGUAAAGGUAAUGUCAGUCUGUGCACGGCUGUGGUGGCUGACCUGCCCUGCCCUAAAGCAAGAAACAAGGGAAUGGCAAUGAUUGGUGUUGCUUUCUCUUUGGGAUUUACACUUGGGCCGUUGAUGGGAGCAUAUUUUGCACUGAGGCGCAAAGACGCUGAGAUAUUUUAUCAAGGACCCGCGAUGCUGGCCGUCUUGUUUUCUAUAGCAGACCUGCUUUUUAUUUUCUUCACACUGCCAGAGACUUUACAUAAGGACAGUAAGGGAUCAUCUAAAACUUCUGGUAUUCAACAAUCCGGGGAUCUUCUUCACCCUGCAGCCCUUUUCAAUUUCACUGCUGUCACGAGAACAGAGAAUCCCCCCACCGAACAAAGAAUGCAGAAUCUAAAAGUGCUUGGCCUGGUGUAUUUCACAUAUCUGUUUCUCUUCUCUGGGCUGGAAUUUACGCUGAGUUUCUUAACACAUCAGCGCUUCCAGUUUUCCAGCAUGGAUCAGGGAAAGAUGUUCUUUUUUAUUGGCAUCACCAUGGCUGUGAUCCAGGGCGGCUAUGCCCGCAGGGUCAAACCAGGUCGUCAGAUCCAGACUGUUCGCGUGGCAAUUGCAUCACUCAUACCGGCCUUUUUGCUCAUAGGAAUAGCAUGGAAUUUGACACUACUCUAUUCUGGGUUAUUUCUGUACUCCUUUGCCGCUGCCAUCGUUGUUCCUUGUCUUUCAGCGCAAGUUUCUGGUCAUGGCUCAGCCAGUCAAAAGGGAACAGUGAUGGGAAUCCUUCGGAGUCUUGGAGCUUUGGCUCGUGCAAUGGGUCCUGUUUUGGCUUCUUCAGUGUACUGGUUGGCUGGAGCAGAAAUAUGUUUUAUAUUGAGUUCAGCAUUCCUUAUAGUGCCUCUGACUUUACUGAGGAGACUGGAGAGACAGAAAGAGGAAUAAAACAUGGAGUUUUAGUGUUAUUAGGGUAACAGAGACCCCUCUCUCUAUUCCACUGUGCCUUAGUAUCACAUGUUCGCUCAUUUUUAGUUGUUUGCAAAAUUUAAGAAAAACAAUACAAGGUACUAUAAAUAAUGCCAAGAAAGAUUAUAAAAAGGCUGUUUACUGUUAAAUUUUCCAAAGGCUGUAAGUAUUAAAAAUAUUUAUUAGUAUUUUUACAAGACUUUGUUACCAUGGAGAUAUGCAUGUUUAUAUAAACAUACUACUGAUAUUAUAAUAUGUGGAUACAGCGAUCAAACGUUUAUUUUUAUUUUUUAUGACUCAAUAUUACUUUUCAAUAAAAAUGUUCAAUAAAUGUUUAUUUCAAUUAUUUUU